AUGGAUGAACAAAAACAACAACAAAUACAACAAAUACAACCAAAUUUAACCAUUUGUUUAGAUAAAAAAAAUAAAUAUAAAUUUUCAAAAUUAGCAUCAGAUAUUAAUGGAGAGAAUAUAGCGAUAUCGAGUGAAAGAAAUUUAUUUUUACUUCAUUUACCAACAGAUAUAGAGAAUGAUGAUCAAUUACGUAUAUUAAAUACACUUAAUAAUGAAACUGUAACAACCUCAUUAUCAUCAUCAUCAGCCACAACACCAUCAUCAACAUCGACAACAGGAAUUUUCGAAAAGAUAAAGCAAUCAAAAGAUACUGAUAGUAAUUUAGUCGAAUGGAGUCCAAGUAGAACAGAGUCAAAUCUAUUGAUGACAUCCUCAUCAAGAGAGAAUUCUCUAUUCCUUUGGAAUAUGAAAGAGCAAAAAACAAUACAAAAAUUCUCAAAGGCUCAUAUAAGACAUAUCACCUCGUUAUCAUGGAAUUCUUUAAAUACAAAUUUAGUUGCAAGUGCUAGUAGUGAUAGUGUUAUUAAUCUUUGGGAUAUAAGAGAGCGUGCAAAUAUUUCAUCAAAUAAAUUCCGUUCAAAUCUUUCACAAAUUGCUUGGGAUCCAUAUUCAUCUGAUAUUUUGGCAACAUCUAAUGGUGGUGAAAUUAAUAUUGUUGAUAUUAGAAAAUUUGGGUCACCAAUUGCAUGCUUUUCGACCUCAGCACAUAUUGGUACAAUGUCAAAUAUUCAAUGGAGCACUAAGCACCAACAUGAAUUGUUAACUUGUAAUCCUAAUGAUAAAUCAAUUAAAGUAUGGGACUAUAAGCAAAACACUAAACCAAUUCACUAUUAUAAUACUGGAACUUAUUCAUCAUAUGCAAGAUUUGUUCCAUUUUUAGAAAAUCAGGUUAUUGCAUCGACAUCAUCAAAUGGUUCAUUUAAUGAUAUUCAACUAUGGGGAAAUGAUAAGUCGCAACCAAUUCUAUCAUUGACAGGUGGUCAUAAAGAUGCAAUUUUAGAUUUUAAUUGGAGAGUUGUUGAAAGAAAUAAUGUUGUUAGCAAAGAUCCAAAGAAAUAUUAUCUAAUGUCAAUUGGUAAAGAUAAUCAAUUUAGUAUGUGGAGAUUUAAUAGUGGUUUAGUUCAUCAUCUAAAUGAUUCUUCAAUUUGUGAAAAUUUAAAACCAUUACCAAGAAAUUUAAGAAUAUCUCAAGACUCACAAGAAUUAAUUGAUCAAGCAAUUAAUGAUUUAUCAGACGACGAAAACAAUCAAGAAAAUCAAGAACAAACAAACGUAAAUAAUAUAGAACUUAGUAACAUUAGUAAUAACAAUAGUAGUAACAGUAAUAAUAAUAAUAAUAAUGGUGAUAAAAUUGAUAAAAAGAAAAAUAAACUAUUAGAUUUACAUCAAGAACUAGGAAAUAUUAUUCAAGAGAAAUUUGAUUAUAUAUCAUUUGAAAAGAUAUCAUACUCAGAUCGUAUUUGUAUAGUAAACGUAGAUAAUAGAAAAUUUUGUGUAAUAAUUUUAUUCCCAACACUUUACCCAUCAGCCGCACCAACAUUCGAUAUCUUAUUUAACGAGAGCUCAUUGGCCAUCACCAACAUUCAAGUCAAAUUAAAAAAGAAACUAGACAAACUUUCAAGUAAGCUCAUUGAAAAAAAGAGUCCAUUCCUUUAUCAUAUUUUAGAUUUAAUUUCAAGCUAUUAUAAAUCCACUAAAAAAGAAUUCCCAACAAUUAAAAAUUUGCUAGACUCCCCAACUAUUCAAAGAAGAACCCCAAAAAAUGUUAAUAAUCAGCCAAUGAAAAGAGUAUCAUUAACACCAAAUUUCCAUCAUCCAAAUAACUCCAAUAACAACAAUAACUAUGGUACACCAUUUACAACCUCAGUCCACCCAAAUGAUGGUUCAAAUAUUUCACCAAUCGUUAUCUCUACAGCAACAGCAACAACAACAGUAAAUACUAAUAAAGUUAUUGAUAGCUUUUCACUUUUAAAUGUACCAUCCAUUUCAUUAUCAGAAUCUCCAUCUGUUGAAAGAAAUAGAUCUCAAAGUGCAUCAUCGACAAUUAAUAGUGGUGUCAAACCAAGUUUCGAUUUAUCAAUAAAUAGUGGUAAUUUGGGUGCUAAUAUUUCUGGUACACCACCUGGUAGAGGAAGAUCAGGUUCAUUUGGUGGUAAAAUGGUCGAACCAAAUAUUGUAAACAAUAAUAUUCUUCAACAAUAUAUUGUUAAACCAACUGAUACUCUUUCUGGUAUUUCACUUCAAUUUGCAAUGCCAAGAAAUAUUAUAAUACAAACCAAUAGAUUACACUCUGAAAGAUUGGUAGCUGGUCAAAAACUUUGGGUAUAUAAAAAGAAUGAAAAUGAACAACAACAACAAUUAAAAUCUUCACCUGAACAAUCAGAUUCAAGCAGUGUUAAUAGCAGCAGUAGCAGUGUUAGCAGUAUUAGUAAUAUUAAAUUAUUAAAGCUUAGCAAAGGUGAUAUCGUUAAAGAAAAAUUAGUAUGUUUUAUGAAAAAUCAAAAGAUUGUAGGUCAUUUAACCUUGACACCAUAUAAUUUAAUCUUCCAAUCCGUUAUUACACCAACCACCAAUAAACCAAUACAAUUAUUUGCAGAGUAUCAACAUAUCAUUAGUUGUAAAUACCUUUCAAAUAAAGUCGAAUGGUUAGCUCAUUUCUCUAAAGAUUGGAACAAAGAACAACGUUAUAUCAAAGAUAAAAUCAACAAGAAUAAUAACUUUGGAAACAAAGCAAAAGCAAAGACAAAGAGUAAACAAGAAGAGGACGAACACGAUGCUUUUCUUCAAAAGGAGAUUUCGAAAUUAAAUGAAAUGGAGGAGGAAAAAACAUUAUUAUUAGACGAUGAAACUGGUGUUGAAAAGAAGGUUUUGGUUUUCCCAUGCAUCUAUGCCAUUAUUCAUAAAGAUAACUCGAUCCAAACCAUUUUCUUUAGAGGUUCAGAUGCUCAAUCUGUAUUUGCUUGUUUCUCUUACUUGAAACAAUUAAUUGUUGGCAGCAAGAUAGCCUCACCACAAACCAUAUCCCCAAUUCUAUCAAGCACAAAAUCAACUACAGAUAUAACGACUCCAACAACAACUACUACUACAACAGUAGCAUCAACAACACUCCCACCAAAUAUCUCCAACCCAGCAACAUUAAUGGCUCAACAAUCACAACCAAUUGAUAUUAAAAGUAUGUUAAGAAAUGGUAGCUAUACAAAUAUUAGAUCAUUAGAUGUAAGCUAUGAUUCAUCAUCAUAUGAUGAAUAUGUUGAACCAUCACCACAAUUAUUAAAGGAUCAAACAAAAUAUCAAGUUCAAGAAAGAAUUUUAAUGACACCCGAAAUUUAUAAAAAGAUUCGUCAUUAUCUUCCAAUUCGUACUCAAGGUUCAGAUAUAGAAUUACUUUACAACUCAAUUAACGAUGGUAUUUCAUUUUCAACAUUCUAUAGAAAAGUUAAACCUGCUGAAAAAUCUAUAAUGUUAAUUAAAGAUGAACACGGUUAUAUAUUUGGCGCCUUUCUUUCCGAUAAAAUUGAAUGCAAAAAAGACUUUUUCUAUGGAUCAGGUGAAACAUUCCUCUUUUCAAUUAAACCAGUCUUUGCUAUUCACACAUGGACUAAAAAGAAUGAUCUUUUUAUGUACACUAGCCAUGACUAUAUUUCAAUUGGUGGUGGUAGUCAUUUUGGUUUGUGGAUGGAUAACGAUUUUCAUCAUGGUUCAACUGGUCCUUGUGAAACAUUUGAUAACCCACACCUUUCAAAAGACCCCGAUAGCUUUAUCCCAAAUGUUGUAGAAAUUUGGGGUAUAUUAUAAAUAUUAAAUAUUUAUAAUAAAAAAAAAUAAAAAAUAAUAAUAGUAUUAUAUAUAAUAAUAAUUUAUUAAUUUUAAUCUUU